UAGAUUUUUGAGCCUUUUUUUUUUUUUGGCAAGUACCAAAAUUAGUUGUUUUUUCUUAAGAAAAAAAUUAUAUGGUAGAGACUCUCUGAAACUAAAUUUGAAAGACAUUUUGUUAAAUUACUCCUGUAUUUGCUUUUUGUUUGCUCUCAGAUUUGUUGAACCACCAGUAGUUUCAAAGGUUAAUGCAAACUUUGGUAGUGUAACUGCAUUUCUGAAAAUCGAAAGUUAGAGUGAGGGUCAGAGUCUUCUCGUGUGAUAAAGCUGAGGUUUGCCUUGAAAGCUCAGCAGCGUUGUAAUUUUACCGUGAACACUAAUGUUUGUCUAAAAGGAUUGGUGGCCAGAAAUAAGCCACGGUGUCUAAUGAGACACAGGGACCCAGCUGGGCAAGAUGCCAUGGCAUUUCUUGCGUGUGUUUUUCUCAUAAGCAAAAUGGCUUCAUGCUGAAGAGGAUGGUCACAAAGUCUGAGGAAUUAGAGGUCAGAGUGGGACUUUCAGACUUAAUGCGGAAGAUCGAGGUAAGCCCUGGAUUUUGAAAUGAGUGAAUCUGUGGAACUGUGAUUUCCUGCAAAUCAAAUGGGGAAUGUCUGCAGAUGUGUAAGAACUGAGAAAGAAGAACAGUAUUUAGAUCCUGCCAAAACUCCUUUGAGCCCUGAAAAAUACUCUCCCAGAAGAAAAUAUUUCAGGAGAAAACCGGUCAAGACAACUCUGGGUGACACAGACUCAGUAGAGCCAAGCCAGGACAAUGAAGACAAGAGGGAGAGCAGCGUUCAGCUCUCAAGAGAACAGCCUGCUUUUUCACUCAGGGGACUGGUGCGGGAGGGAUCUGCCGCCCCAAACCUCAAACCGGAAAGUGGUAUUCGGCAAGAGGGGACAGAAGUUGUAGUUGAUGAUAAACAGAAACUUGUGCCGAGUACUGUGAGCAUUCGGUCUUACCAUGUGGACACCUCUCCUGCUGAUGACAGUGAAACAGAAGUAAAAGUUAGUGAUCUGGACGAAAGGAUUCCAGAAAAGAACAGCACUCCAUAUUGUGCAAAGAGGAAGGAACAUUUAGAUGCUGUCAACAGGAGAGAAAUAACAUUCCAAAGGAAAACUGAGGUUUUCUCUUUACGAAAGGCAGCCAGCUUAAGUUCCAUUCACUAUGGUACAGAGAGAUCUUCUGAAAAAAGUGGGCUUUCUGAAGACCCAUCAAAAAAUUAUAGCAGUGUUCAAGAAAAGCAUAACACUGAGAGAUUCUGCCCUUGUGAAAUAAACAAUUUUCACUUUGAAAAAAAGAGAUGUCAUUCCCUCUGUACUAUUGGGUUCUCUGCUUCCAAGGGCAGAGAUGGAAAUGAGAUAUCUGAUAUCCAUGUUACUGGAGAGUCAGAGGAUAUGUCUGCGAAGGAGAGAUUGCUACUGUGGACACAGCAGGCAACAGAGGGUUAUGCUGGAAUACGGUGUGAAAAUUUCACUACCUGCUGGAGAGAUGGAAAACUAUUUAAUGCCAUCAUUCAUAAAUACAGGCCGGACCUGAUAGACAUGAAUACUGUUGCUGUUCAAAGCAACCUUGCAAAUUUAGAGCACGCUUUUUAUGUAGCAGAAAAAAUUGGAGUUAUAAGACUUCUGGAUCCUGAAGAUGUUGAUGUCUCCUCACCUGAUGAAAAAUCAGUAAUAACUUAUGUGUCAUCUCUCUAUGAUGCAUUUCCCAAAGUCCCUGAAGGUGGCGAAGGCAUUGGUGCAAAUGAUGUUGAAGUCAAAUGGAUCGAAUACCAGAAUAUGGUGAACUACCUCAUUCAGUGGAUUAGACACCAUGUGACCACAAUGUCUGAGAGGACAUUUCCUAAUAAUCCCGUAGAACUCAAGGCACUUUAUAAUCAGUAUUUACAGUUUAAAGAAACAGAAAUUCCACCAAAGGAGACAGAAAAAUCAAAAAUUAAACGCCUAUAUAAAUUAUUAGAGAUCUGGAUAGAAUUUGGACGCAUCAAACUACUUCAAGGUUAUCAUCCAAAUGACAUAGAAAAAGAGUGGGGGAAACUCAUUAUUGCCAUGCUCGAGAGAGAGAAGGCACUUCGACCAGAAGUAGAAAGGUUGGAAAUGUUGCAGCAGAUUGCCAACCGAGUUCAAAGGGACAGUGUCAUCUGUGAAGACAAACUGAUACUUGCCCGAAAUGCUCUCCAGUCUGAUUCUAAAAGAUUAGAAUCAGGAGUACAGUUUCAGAAUGAAGCAGAAAUUGCCGGGUAUAUACUUGAAUGUGAGAACCUUUUACGCCAGCAUGUAAUCGAUGUACAGAUUCUUAUUGAUGGAAAAUACUACCAGGCAGAUCAGUUGGUACAGAGGGUUGCAAAACUCCGCGAUGAAAUUAUGGCCUUAAGGAAUGAAUGUUCCUCGGUGUACAGCAAAGGGCGCAUGCUGACGACGGAACAGACAAAACUCAUGAUAUCAGGAAUUACUCAAAGUUUAAACUCAGGAUUUGCACAGACCUUAAACCCCAGUCUGAACUCAGGGCUGACCCAGGGUUUAACGCCUUCCCUGACCCCUUCUAGUGUGACAUCAGGCCUGUCAUCAGGUCUGACUUCCCGUCUGACUCCAUCUGUCACUCCAGCUUAUACACCUGGUUUCCCAUCAGGAGGAUUAGUUCCAAGUUUCAGUUCAGGAGUAGAGGCCAAUUCAUUACAAACUCUGAAAUUGAUGCAGAUCCGAAAGCCCCUUCUAAAGUCUUCUUUGCUGGAUCAGAAUUUAACAGAAGAGGAAAUCAACAUGAAAUUUGUUCAAGAUCUUUUGAAUUGGGUUGAUGAGAUGCAGGUGCAGCUGGACCGCACUGAAUGGGGAUCAGAUUUGCCAAGUGUUGAAAGCCAUUUAGAGAAUCAUAAAAACGUUCACCGAGCUAUUGAAGAAUUUGAAUCUAGCCUUAAAGAAGCUAAAAUCAGUGAGAUCCAAAUGACGGCACCUCUUAAACUAACUUAUGCAGAAAAGUUACACCGAUUAGAGAGUCAGUAUGCAAAACUCCUGAAUACAUCCAGGAAUCAGGAACGGCACCUUGAUACACUCCAUAAUUUUGUAACUCGUGCAACUAAUGAACUUAUUUGGUUGAAUGAAAAAGAAGAGGAGGAAGUUGCCUAUGACUGGAGUGAAAGAAAUAACAACAUAGCUCGGAAAAAAGAUUACCAUGCUGAAUUAAUGAGAGAACUUGAUCAAAAGGAAGAAAAUAUUAAAUCAGUUCAGGAGAUAGCAGAGCAGCUACUUUCGGAAAAUCACCCAGCCAGACUGACAAUUGAGGCCUAUCGAGCGGCAAUGCAGACACAAUGGAGCUGGGUCUUACAGCUGUGCCAGUGUGUGGAGCAGCACAUCAAGGAAAACACCGCGUAUUUCGAGUUUUUCAAUGAUGCCAAAGAAGCUACUGAUUACUUGAAGAAUCUCAAGGACGCCAUUCAGCGGAAGUACAGCUGUGACAGAUCAAGCAGCAUUCACAAACUGGAAGACCUGGUUCAGGAGUCAAUGGAAGAGAAAGAAGAACUUUUACAGUAUAAAAGCACAGUAGCAAGCCUGAUGGGGAGAGCAAAAACAAUAAUUCAGCUGAAGCCGAGGAAUCCUGACUGUCCACUCAAAACUUCUAUUCCAAUCAAAGCUAUCUGUGACUACAGACAAAUUGAGAUAACCAUUUACAAAGAUGAUGAAUGUGUUUUGGCCAACAAUUCUCACCGUGCGAAAUGGAAGGUCAUCAGCCCCACUGGGAAUGAGGCUAUGGUCCCGUCUGUGUGCUUCACAGUCCCUCCACCAAACAAAGAAGCAGUUGACUUUGCAAACAGAAUUGAGCAACAGUAUCAGAACGUCCUGACUCUUUGGCAUGAGUCUCACAUAAACAUGAAGAGUGUAGUGUCCUGGCAUUAUCUCAUCAAUGAAAUUGAUAGAAUUCGAGCUAGCAAUGUGGCUUCAAUAAAGACAAUGUUACCUGGUGAACAUCAACAAGUUCUGAGUAACCUGCAGUCUCGUUUUGAAGACUUUCUGGAAGAUAGCCAGGAAUCCCAAAUAUUUUCAGGCUCAGAUAUAACGCAACUGGAAAAGGAGGUUAAUGUAUGUAAGCAGUAUUAUCAAGAACUUCUUAAAUCAGCAGAAAGAGAGGAGCAAGAGGAAUCUGUGUAUAACCUGUACAUCUCUGAAGUUCGAAACAUUAGACUUCGGUUAGAGAGUUGCGAAGAUCGGUUGAUUAGACAGAUCCGCACUCCACUGGAAAGAGAUGAUUUGCAUGAAAGUGUGUUCAGAAUCACUGAGCAGGAGAAACUAAAGAAAGAGCUGGAGCGACUUAAAGAUGAUUUGGGAACAAUCACAAAUAAAUGUGAAGAAUUUUUCAGUCAAGCAGCAACCUCUGCAUCAGUGCCCACCUUACGGUCUGAGCUCGGUGUAGUCAUUCAGAACAUGAACCAAGUCUAUUCUAUGUCUUCCACUUACAUAGAUAAACUGAAAACUGUUAAUUUGGUGUUGAAAAACACUCAAGCAGCAGAAGCCCUGGUAAAACUCUAUGAAACUAAACUGUGUGAAGAGGAAGCAGUUAUAGCUGACAAGAAUAAUAUUGAGAAUCUAAUAAGUACCUUAAAGCAAUGGAGGUCUGAAGUAGAUGAAAAGAGAGAGGUAUUCCAUGCAUUAGAGGAUGAGUUGCAGAAAGCUAAAGCCAUCAGUGAUGAAAUGUUUAAAACCUAUAAAGAACGGGACCUUGAUUUUGACUGGCACAAAGAAAAAGCAGAUCAAUUAGUUGAAAGGUGGCAAAAUAUUCACGUUCAGAUUGACAACAGGUUACGGGACUUAGAAGGCAUUGGCAAAUCCCUGAAGUACUAUAGAGAUACUUAUCACCCUUUAGAUGAUUGGAUCCAGCAAGUUGAAACUACCCAGAGAAAAAUUCAGGAAAAUCAGCCUGAAAAUAGUAAAACUCUAGCCACACAGUUGAAUCAACAGAAGAUGCUGGUGUCCGAAAUAGAAAUGAAACAGAGCAAAAUGGAUGAGUGUCAAAAAUAUGCAGAACAGUACUCAACUACAGUGAAGGACUAUGAAUUACAAACAAUGACCUACCGGGCCAUGGUAGAUUCACAACAAAAAUCUCCAGUGAAACGCCGAAGAAUGCAGAGCUCAGCAGAUCUUAUUAUUCAAGAGUUCAUGGACCUAAGGACCCGAUAUACUGCUCUGGUCACCCUCAUGACACAAUAUAUUAAAUUUGCUGGUGAUUCAUUAAAGAGGCUGGAAGAGGAGGAGAAGUCACUGGAAGAAGAAAAGAAAGAACAUGUUGAAAAAGCCAAAGAAUUACAGAAAUGGGUAUCAAAUAUCACCAAGACAUUGAGAGAUGACGAGAAGGCUGGAAAAUCUCCCUUCUCUAAGCAAAAGAUUUCCAGUGAAGAAAUAUCAACUAAGAAGGAACAAUUAUCUGAAGCACUUCAAACCAUGCAGCUGUUUUUGGCAAAACAUGGAGACAAAAUGCCAGAUGAAGAAAGAAAUGAAUUGGAAAAACAAGUGAAAUCUCUUCAAGAAAGUUAUAAUUCAUUCUUCAGUGAAUCUCUGAAACAACUACAAGAACCACAAACCUUAGGAGAUACAAAGGUAGAGGAGAAGCUGGCUAAAGUGAUUGCAGGCACCAUUGAUGAGACAACUGGAGAAGUCCUGUCAGUCUUUCAGGCAGUUUUAAGAGGCCUUAUUGACUAUGACACAGGAAUCAGGUUGCUUGAGACACAGCUGAUGAUUUCUGGUCUGAUUUCACCAGAAUUAAGAAAAUGCUUUGACCUCCAAGAUGCCGAAAGUCAUGGCCUUAUUGAUGAACAAGUUUUAUGCCAACUCAAAGAACUAAAUCAAGCAAAGGAGAUCAUUUCCACCAUGUCAUCUACCACAAUUCCAGUGCUGGAAGCUUUGGCUCAAGGCAUGAUAUCAGAAUCUAUGGCCAUCAGAGUGCUUGAGAUACUACUUUCCACUGGCUUUCUAGUUAUUCCAGCCACCGGAGAACAGCUGACCCUACAGAAGGCUUUCCAACAGAACUUGGUUUCUUCAGCAUUAUUUUCUAAAGUCCUGGAGAGGCAAAAUAUGUGUAAGGAUCUUAUUGACCCCUGCACCGCUGAGAAGGUGUCUUUAGUAGAUAUUAUACAGAGAAGUAUUUUACAGGAAAACACUGGGAUGCGGCUUCUACCUGUGAGACCACAAGAAGGAGGUAGAAUAACAUUAAAAUGUGGAAGAAACAUAAGCAUUUUAAGGGCGGCUCAUGAAGGUCUCAUAGACCGGGAAACCAUGUUUAGGUUAUUAGGCGCACAGCUGCUUUCUGGAGGUCUGAUCAAUUGCAAUUCUGGUCAGAGAAUGACUGUUGAAGAAGCUUUGAUGGAAGGGGUGAUUGACAGAGACACGGCUAACAGUAUUCUCACAUAUCAGGUUCAAACAGGUGGAAUCAUCCACUCAAAUCCUGCUAAACGUUUAACCGUGGAUGAAGCGGUCCAGUGUGAUCUCAUAACUUCGAGCAGUGCUCUUUUGGUACUAGAGGCUCAGCGAGGCUAUGUGGGACUCAUCUGGCCUCACUCUGGUGAAAUAUUUCCUACAUCUUCUUCCUUGCAGCAAGAAUUGAUUACAAAUGAAUUGGCAUACAAAAUCCUGAAUGGCAGGCAGAAAAUAGCUGCUCUUUAUAUUCCAGAAACUUCUCAAGUCAUUGGUUUGGAUGUUGCUAAGCAGCUGGGAAUUAUAGAUAAUAACACGGCAUCGAUUUUAAAAAGUAUAAUACUGCCUGAUAAAAUGCCAGAUUUGGGAGAUUUAGAAGCUUGUAAAAAUGCCAGAAGAUGGCUCUCUUUUUGUAAAUUCCAACCAUCCACAGUCCAUGAUUACAGGCAAGAAGAGGAUGUUUUUGAUGGAGAAGAGCCAGUGGCAACUCAGAACUCGGAACAAACUAAAAAAUUAUUCCUGUCUUAUUUGAUGAUAAAUAGCUAUAUGGAUGCAAACACAGGGCAGAGGCUUUUGUUAUACGAUGGAGACUUGAAUGAAGCUGUUGGUAUGCUACUGGAAGGCUCUAGUGCCGAGUUUGAGGACACACCCGUAAAAGAAUGUCUUGAUGUCUUAGGACUCCCUGGUGUAUUUCUGAAUAAUGCUCCAAGUAAAGGAAGGGAUGACAGUGUAGCUUCACUGACUAGUUUUGAUAAAUGUUAUUGCAGAGAACCUAAGUGUAAAGAAAUCCCUGAGGAGAGAAAGAAUGCCGUAGAUGAAGAGUUUAAUGAAAUGGGAAAUAACAUUACCAGUAGUGAAUUUCAUCAGUCAGAAAACCUGGCAAAUAUAAUAGCAACUGAUCAUAAAGUUAGGAAUUCAUCCAGUGUGCGUGUUCCCAAUUCUGUAUCGUGUUUAACACAGCGUGGACUUGUACCAGUUAGCAUGCUUAGACAAGACUCUGAAAACAAAAACUGUGAAAAUCAAAGUCAAGUUGGAAUAAAUGAAGAUGCAGGUGAAUGUAGUCAUUCUAAACAUACUCAAAACUUUGCAAGUGACUCGAUAACAAAUCCUAUUAUGAAAUCAAAAACUAGUAGAACCAGUGAUUUGAAUGAAAAAGAGAAUGAAGAUAAUAUAAGCAGGGAUUUGACAACCUUUGACUAUUCUCCCAGGCUGAGUGCCUUGCUAAGUCAUGAUAAACUGAGGAAUGAUCAGGAAAGUCUUAAUGAUUUACAUACCACAGAGAGCCAUGGAAACAAAUGUAAAGACUCUACUUUGUCAUUCAGUGACCAAACCAUGUUAUCGGGUCAAAGAAUGGGAGAAAAGUUUCAAGACCAGUUUCUGGGAAUUGCAGCUAUCAAUAUCAGUUUACAGGGAGAACACUGUCAACAAAAUCCUUUAAAUAUAGGUGACAGUGAUCCUCAGGUACCAUCUCACAGUGAUAAAUAUAAUUCAGAUAUUUAUGGUGCGGAUGAAGAACCGCACGCUGCUUCUCAGCAGAAACCUGAAGCCGGGAAAAAUGAGUCCCAAGUGGAAGAGUACUCCUGUGCCACAACUCCACAGGGUGACACUGAUAAUGCCAACCCAUCUCAUAUCUGUGGUACGUCGCUGCUUGAAGAAACUGUCUGCGCCGGUGACUAUGAGACGUCACUGCUGGAUGAUCAGCACAGUGUGACAGAAACAGACACAGAUAGUGAUGAUGAUUUUUAUGAUACCCCCUUGUUUGAAGACGACGACCAUGAUUCUCUGCUUCUUGAAGGUGAUGAUUGUGAUUGUCUACAGCCUGAGGACUAUGCCACACUGCAAGAGGAAAAUGAUGGGGCUGCUCCUCCUGGUGAUGUUUUUUAUGAUGUUUCAAAAGAGAUUGAAAAUUCUGUGGUGACCCAGGGAGCACUGGUUGAUAGCUUAAGUGUGAGGGAGGACACACGGUCUCCUCAGGGUUUUCUCACAGGUACUGAGAAAGCUGAAUUCAAUUCUGGUGAAAGAGUACGCUCAAAUUCAGCUGACUCAGACAAGGACAAUGGACAGUUGCUGGAAACUGUAUCAGAAAGUGAAAGCGCAGACAGCCUUGAAGGUGAUGAGUGUGACUCAUUGGCUGAUUAUGAAAUUGUAGAGGGAAAAAAGAGCUUCAGUGCUUCUCCAACAUUUGAUGACACUGGGUGUUGGAGGAGACAAGAAGAACAUAUAGCUGAACAAGAAUUUAAAUCUGAUACUGAGCAUUUAGAUUCUGUGCAAAGUGAAGACAGUUAUGGGUAUUAUGUAUGUGACAGUAAUGAUCAGGAUGAUGAUGACAAUUCUGAUGAUGAUGAUGGUGACAGUGAAGAAGGAGUAGAAGGUGAAAAUGGAAAGCCCCCAUACCAAGAUGAGGGUAUGAAUAGCCAGCUGCGUGCCACCACAGUAAGUGAAAAGGAAAACGGCCGUGAAAAUCAAAGUGUUACUAAAGUAAUUCUCCCCGAUAAAGCGCACAACUACAGUUGUUCAGAAAAACAGCAAAGUGUAAAUGUUUUACAAUUAGAAUCAACUAGUAAAAAUAGCUUAGUUACUGAAAGAAGCAACCUUCCAGAAUGUGCACCCGAGGCUGUUGGAAAAAGCAAAGAAGACCUGUUGAAUCAUGACAUGGCUCUUAAGGAUAUAUUGCUGACUGUCACUAAAGACACUGAAUCAGAAAACACCUCUGGCUCUGUAGGUGUUUUAAAUAAUACUAAUACCUGUUCGACUUCUGAAGUAGAUAAGGAUCCCAUGAAUGUAAAGUUUCAGUUGAUUCAAGAGCCAGAGUCUACUGACACUGUGAAAGGUGGAGAUCAGUAUUUUGAGAAUGUGACAGUUCAAGACUCCUCUCCUUUUGAUAAAAUCAUUUGUCCUGAGCCUGAUUUAACAGGAAAACCUGCUGAGGAAAGCCAUUUGUCAUCCGUAGCCUGUGUAAGUGCCAAAGAUCAUCAAGUACCUGAAAGAGGCCUAGUUAAAAAGAACAGUGACCAAAAUGGUAUACUAAUAGAAGAUGAAACAUAUGUUCAUAAAAUGUGCUCAGGUAAAGGAGAUGUGCUUAGAGAAGGGCUAGAAGAAGAGAGUAGGUCUCUCAGACCUCUGCCUGGUGAAAGUACAAGGAAGAAUCUUGAUUUAGUGAAUGAUCAAUUUCCAUUUCCACCAGUCACAGAUAGUGAAGAACAUAAUGUGAAAGGAAGCCUGAAAAAAACAACUGUAACUCUUGCAGAUGAACCACAGAAUCUACAAACAGUGGUCAGCAAAAGUCCUGUUCAGUUUGAGAAUCUUGAAGAGAUAUUUGAAUCCUCAAUUUCCAAAGUGAUCAGUGAUGACAUUCUUUCAGACAUUCCAUUGUCUGAAGGGAAUACAGAUACUGAGAAAGAUUCAUUCACUGAUGGACCUGACAAAGAAUCUGACCUGUUCACGUAUUUAAAACAUUGUGCCAAAGAUGUAAAAGCAAAAGAUGUAUUGAAACCAAAUGGAGAUAUACCAAGCUGUGUUCUAAUGGCUUCCCCUGCUGUGAAAGAAGACACACAGUUCGGAAUAAAUAAUGCAAAAGAGAAGACAGCUCUUACCCAGGAAGUCUCACCUCUAAAUGAGACGGCCCAACAGAAUGAUCUUUGUAGUAACAAAAGUGCCUCAGAAGGGGGAACAGAAGUUGGUCACUUCACACCAGAAAGGAAUGAAAGCACACUUUCAGUCUUUCCUCUUAAAAACGUGGAAGACUUUGGGGAAAAUACUGAUUUUGUGUCACCAGAACUCUGCACAAAUGUGAUAAGAAAUGAUAACUCCAGUAACCCUUUAAGCACGGACUACUUAUUUUCAGAAAUUCACGGUAAGAUGGAAGCAAUUGAGCAACAGCAGCAAAAAGAACAAGCUUUGUCUCUAGGACUCCAAGAAAAGGAGGUUCACAUUCCUGAGUCAUCUCAAGUAUUUGUUGAGGGUGUAGAAAGUAGAUUGGAAGAAGGUCCUAUGAAUCCUCAAGAAGUUGGAGAAUCUCCAGUCUGUUCAGACACUGAAAUUUUAAUUCAAAGCUUAAUUAAAAGGGUAAAUACAUUACAGUUGGCAAAAGAAGCAUCUAGUGUGCCCAGUGAUUCUAAAAUUGGUGACUGUUCUAGAGUUUCCCCCAUGAAUAACUCACCAGAACUAAAAGCAGAGAGUAGAGAUGAUCCAUUCUGUAUUGCCAAUCUUAAGUCUGAGUUUCUCCUUAAUAUACUUAAGCAGAAUGAGUAUAGCCAGAAAAUUACUGGAGCAUUUGAAUUGAUGAAAGAAUUAACCCAGAUGGAGUAUGAGCUCGAGAAAAGAGGUAUUACAUCCAAAGUACUUCCAUUGCAACUUGAAAAUAUUUUCUAUAAGCUGCUCGCUGACACAUAUUCAGAGAAAGUAGAACAGGUCAGAGACCUGAAUCAAAAAUCAUCCACUGCUUCUGAGGUUGUGGAUGAAAAGUCAUACAUUCUUGAUGAUCUUAAAGGUGAAGAAGGAAACCACUGUUCCCGUAAUUUACAAAACCUAAAAGAUACCGGACUUGAAAACCCGACUGCGUGUGCAUUGGCAUUGCCGAGUGAUGAGAAGCUGGGGGAGCUAUGCAAUGAUAUCCCAGAACAUCUGGAAAGUAUUUCAGGGUCAAAACGAGUGACUUCAGGAGAUAGCUCAAUGGAACAAUUUUCCAGUGAGUUACAGCAGUGUUUACAGCACACAUCAAAAAUGCACGAGUAUUUGGCUUUACUUCAAGAUAUGAAGCCCCCAUUAGACAACCAGGAGUCUCUGGAUAAUAAUCUGGAAACAUUGAGGAACCAACUUAAACAGUUAGAGACAUUUGAAUUGGGAUUGGCUCCAAUUGCUGUUAUUUUAAGAAAAGACAUGAAGUUGGCAGAAGAGUUUUUAAACUCCCUUCCCAGUGACUUCCCCAGAGAACAGCUUGAGGAAUUGAGUCUAGGCCACCAAAGUUUGCAGACUGCUUUCUCUUCCCUCAGCAGUGUGUCUUCAGAAAGGAUGAAAUGCGUCACGCUCGCGAUUGACUCUGAAAUGUCUAAACUAGCAGUUUCCCAUGAAGAGUUUCUGCAGAAACUUGAGUUGUUCUCACAUUGGAUAUCAGAGAAGAACAAAUCUGUGAAGGAUAUUGAGAUUGUGAAUGUUCAAGAUACUGAACAUGUGAAGAAAAGUUUGCAACUUCUCAAGAAUGUGUUAAAAGACCUUGGACCUACCAAAGUGCAGCUGGAGACCACGGCUUUUGAUGUACAGUUCUUCAUUUCGGAAUAUGCACAAGACCUGUCUCCCAACCAAAGCAAACAACUGCUGAGGCUGUUAAAUACAACUCAGAAGUGUUUUCUUGAUGUACAGGAAUCAGUAACUACCCAGGUGGAACAUUUAGAGACUCAGUUACAGCUAGAACAAGAUCUUGAUGAUCAGAAGAUCGUGGCAGAGCGUCAGCAGGAGUACAAAGAGAAACUCCAAGGGAUAUGUGAUCUCCUCACCCAAACUGAAAACCGCCUGAUCGGUCACCAAGAAGCCUUUGUGAUUGGAGAUGGAACGGUCGAGUUGAAGGAGUACCAGUCCAAGCAGGAGGAAUUACAGAAAGAUAUGCAAGGAAGUGCACAGGCUUUGGCAGAAAUAGUGAAAAAUACAGAGAACUUCUUGAAAGAGAAUGGUGAAAAGCUGUCACAAGAAGAUAAGGCUUUGAUUGAGCAGAAACUUAAUGAAGCCAAGUUAAAGUGUGAACAGCUUAAUCUAAAGGCAGAACAGUCAAAAAAGGAGCUGGAUAAAGUUGUGACAACAGCAAUCAAAGAAGAAACUGAAAAGGUUGCAGCUGUGAAGCAGCUGGAAGAGAGCAAAACCAAAAUAGAAAACCUUUUGGACUGGCUGUCAAAUGUGGACAAAGAUUCAGAAAGGGCAGGGAUGAGACAGAGACAGGUAAUUGAACAGAACGGGACUCAUUUUCAAGAAGGUGAUGGCAAGUCAGUGAUUGGAGAAGAGGAUGAAGUUAAUGGUAACUUGUUGGAAACUGAUGUUGAUGGACAAGUUGGAACCACUGAGGAGAAUCUGAACCAGCAAUACCAGAAAGUUAAGGCCCAACAUGAGAAGAUCGUCUCUCAGCACCAAGCAGUCCUCAUGGCCACUCAGUCUGCACAAACCUUGCUUGAGAAACAGGGUCACUAUCUCUCUCCUGAGGAAAAAGAGAAACUGCAGAAGAACAUGAAGGAACUGAAAACACAUUAUGAGACCGCACUGGCCGAGUCGGAGAAGAAAAUGAAAUUAACGCAUUCUCUGCAGGAAGAAUUAGAAAAGUUCGAUGCAGAUUAUAGCGAGUUUGAACACUGGCUGCAGCAGUCAGAACAAGAACUGGAAAACCUGGAAGCAGGUGCUGACGACCUCAGUGGUUUAAUGACCAAACUGAAACGGCAGAAGAGUUUCUCAGAAGACGUCAUUUCUCACAAAGGGGACUUGAGGUACAUCACAAUUUCUGGAAACAGAGUGUUAGAAGCGGCCAAAUCUUGCAGCAGGAGAAGCGGCAGUAGCAAGGCUGACCAGGACAAUAUCGAUACUUCUGCAACCCACAGAGAAGUCCAGAGCAAAUUGGAUCAUGCUACCGAUCGCUUCAGGUCUCUCUACUCGAAGUGCAAUGUCCUCGGGAAUAAUCUUAAAGACUUGGUGGAUAAAUAUCAACACUAUGAAGAUGCCUCAUGUGGACUUCUUUCUGGGCUCCAGGCCUGUGAGGUCACAGCAAGCAAACACUUAUCUGAACCUAUUGCUGUGGACCCUAAAAAUCUGCAAAGGCAAUUAGAAGAGACCAAGGCUUUGCAAGGGCAGAUAUCCAAUCAGCAGGUGGCUGUAGAGAAACUGAAAAAAACUGCCGAAGUCCUUUUAGAUGCCAGAGGAUCUUUACUUCCAGCCAAGAAUGAUAUCCAGAAAACACUGGAUGACAUUGUUGGGAGAUAUGAUGAUCUGUCCAAGUCUGUUAAUGAACGAAAUGAAAAACUCCAGAUAACCUUGACCCGCUCACUGAGUGUGCAGGAUGGCCUGGAUGAAAUGCUGGACUGGAUGGGAAGUGUGGAAAGUUCUCUGAAAGAACAAGGUCAAGUGCCCUUAAACUCUGCUGCUCUUCAGGAUGUGAUCAGUAAAAACAUUAUGUUGGAACAGGAUAUUGCAGGUCGUCAGAGCAGUAUAAAUGCCAUGAAUGAAAAAGUGAAGAAAUUUAUGGAGACCUCAGACCCAUCCACUGCAUCCUCACUGCAGGCCAAGAUGAAAGACUUGUCUGCUCGAUUUUCAGAAGCUAGUCAUAAACACAAAGAAAAACUGGCCAAGAUGGAGGAGCUCAAAACGAAAGUAGAACUCUUUGAGAACCUCUCAGAAAAGCUCCAAACGUUUUUAGAAACAAAAACUCAGGCUCUUACUGACACAGAUGUGCCAGGAAAAGACGUUGGUGAAUUGUCUCAAUAUAUGCAGGAAUCAACUUCUGAAUUCUUAGAACAUAAGAAAGAUCUUGAAGUUUUACACAGUCUUUUGAAGGAGAUAUCCAGCCAUGGCUUGCCAGGUGAUAAGGCUCUGGUUUUUGAAAAAACAAAUAAUUUGUCAAAGAAAUUCAAGGAAAUGGAGCAUACCAUCAAACAAAAAAAAGAAGCUGUAUCUUCUUGUCAAGAACAGAUGGAUGCUUUCCAAGUCCUUGUUAAGUCAUUGAAGUCAUGGAUAGAAGAAACAACAGAAAGAGUUCCUAUUGUUCAGCCUUCUUUUGGUGCAGAGGAUUUAGGAAAAUCUUUGGAAGAAACUAAGAAAUUACAAGAGAAGUGGAGUUCAAAAACACCAGAGAUUCAGAAAGUAAACAACAGUGGGAUCUCACUAUGUAACCUAAUCAGUGCUGUCACUACCCCUGCAAAGGCAAUAGCAGCGGUUAAAUCAGGUGGAAUAAUAAAUGGUGAAGGAGCAGCCACAGAUACUCAAGAAAUUUUGGCAAAUAAAGGGUUAACAUCCAUUAAAAAGGAUAUGACUGACAUAAGCCAUGGUUAUGAAGAUCUUGGCCUCUUACUUAAGGACAAAAUAUCUGAACUGAAUAGCAAACUCUCCAAAUUGCAAAAGGCUCAGGAAGAAUCAAGUGCAAUGAUGCAGUGGCUACAGAAGAUGAAUAAAACUGCAACCAAAUGGCAUCAGGCACCUACACCUACAGAUGCGGAAGCUGUGAAGACUCAAGUUGAGCAGAACAAGUCAUUUGAGGCAGAACUGAAGCAAAAUGUAAACAAAGUGCAGGAGUUGAAAGACAAAUUGACAGAGCUGUUGGAGGAGAACCCAGAUACUCCUGAGGCCCCCAAAUGGAAACAGAUGUUGACAGAUAUUGAUUCUAAGUGGCAAGAACUCAAUCAAUUAACAGUUGAUAGACAACAAAAACUGGAAGAAUCCUCUAAUAAUCUAACCCAAUUCCAGACUGUAGAGGCUCAGUUAAAACAGUGGCUUGUGGAGAAAGAACUGAUGGUCAGUGUUCUUGGGCCCUUGUCAAUUGACCCAAAUAUGCUAAACACACAAAGGCAGCAGGUGCAGAUCCUGCUGCAAGAAUUUGAUACUCGGAAGCCUCAAUAUGAACAGCUAACUGCAGCUGGUCAGAGCAUUUUGAGCAGACCUGGUGAACACCCCUCUUUCCAUGGGAUUGUGAAAGAGCAACUGGCAGCUGUGACCCAAAAGUGGGACAGCCUAACAGGACAAUUGAGUGACAGAUGUGACUGGAUCGACCAAGCCAUUAUUAAGAGCACACAGUAUCAAAGCCUGCUGAGAAGCCUUUCUGAUAAACUGAGUGACUUGGAUAAUAAACUCAUCACCAGUGCGGCCGUGAGCACGCACCCUGAUGCCAUGAACCAGCAGUUGGAAGCAGCCCAAAAAAUGAAGCAGGAACUGGAGCAGGAAAUGAAACAGAUAAAGGUGGCCCAGGCCCUCUGUGAGGAUUUGUCAGCACUGGUUAAAGAAGAGUACUUGAAAGCAGAACUGAGUAGGCAACUAGAAGGCAUCAUAAAGUCAUUUAAGGAUAUUGAACAAAAAACAGAGAAUCAUGUUGAGCACCUUCAGUCAGCCUGUGCGAGCUCUCACCAAUUUCAGCAAAUGUCUCAAGACUUUCAGGCUUGGCUGGAUACAAAGAAAGAAGAGCAAAACAAGUGUCCCCCCAUAUCAGCCAAACUCGAUGUCUUGGAGUCCUUAAUUAAAGAUCAGAAAGACUUUAGUAAAACUUUGUCUGCUCAGUCUAAUAUUUAUGAAAAAACCAUUGCAGAAGGUGAAAAUCUCUUGUUAAAAACACAAGGGUCUGAGAAGGCAGCCUUACAGUUACAACUUAACUCAAUUAAAACCAACUGGGAUGGAUUUAAUAAACAGGUGAAAGAGCGGGAAGACAGGGUAAAAGAUUCACUGGAAAAAGCCCUCAAGUACAGAGAGCAUGUAGAGACUCUCCGGCCAUGGAUAGACAAAUGUCAAAAUAACCUGGAGGAAAUAAAACUUUGCUUGGAUCCUGCUGAAACAGAGAAUUCUGUUGCCAAGUUACAGUCUCUGCAGAAGGAAAUGAACCAACACUUGGGGAUGGUAGAACUGCUAAACAAUGCAGCCAAUAGCUUGCUCAGUGUCUGUGAGGUAGAUAAAGAGGCUGUUACAGAUGAGAAUAAAUCACUGAUCCAGAAAGUAGACAUGGUCACCGAGCAACUUCACAGUAAGAAGUUCUCUCUGGAGAACAUGGCCCAGAAGUUUAAAGAAUUUCAAGAAGUUUCCAAAGAAGCUAAAAGGCAGCUUCAGUGUGCAAAGGAGCAGCUAGAUGUCUAUGAUUCCUUAGGACCCCAGGCCUACAGUAACAAAUACCUGACUGUGUUGCAGACUCAGCAGAAGACCCUUCAGACCUUGAAACAUCAGGUAGAUUUGGUCAAAGGGCUUGCACAAGACCUUGUGGUAGAAGCUUCAGACUCAAAGGGAACCUCUGAUGUUUUAUUACAAGCAGAAACCUUAGCUCAAGAACAUAGUGCAUUGAGUCAACAGGUUGAUGAAAGGUGUUCAUUCUUAGAAACCAAGCUUCAGGGCAUUGGGCAUUUCCAGAAUACCAUCCGAGAAAUGUUUUCUCAGUUUGCAGAGUUCGAUGAUGAACUAGAUAGUAUGGCCCCAGUGGGGAGAGAUGUAGAAACAUUGCAAAAGCAAAAGGAGGAUAUCAAAGCCUUUCUGAAGAAACUAGAAGCCCUCAUAGCAAGCAACGACAAUGCUAAUAAAACCUGCAAGAGGAUGCUGGCCAUGGAAGAAACCUCUCCUGAUCUUGUUGGAAUCAAAAGGGACUUGGAAGCUUUAAGCAAACAAUGCAACAAGUUACUGGACCGAGCACAAGCCCGAGAAGAGCAAGUUGAAGGGACGGUUGAGCGUCUUGAAGAAUUCUACAGCAAACUGAAGGAAUUCUCUACUCUGCUUCAGAAGGCUGAAGAACAUGAAGAGUCUCAAGGCCCUGUUGGUAUGGAAACAGAGACCAUUAACCAACAGCUUAAUGUGUUCAAGGUAUUCCAAAAAGAAGAGAUUGAACCUUUGCAGGUUCAACAGCAAGAUGUGAACUGGUUAGGUCAGGGCCUUAUUCAGAGUGCUGCUAAAAGCACCAGCACCCAGGGUUUGGAGCAUGACCUGGAUGAUGUCAACGCACGGUGGAAGACUCUCAAUAAGAAGGUAGCUCAGCGGGCAGCCCAGCUGCAGGAGGCACUGCUGCACUGUGGGCGCUUCCAGGACGCCCUGGAGUCCCUGCUCAGCUGGAUGGCAGACACUGAGGAGCUUGUGGCCAACCAGAAGCCCCCAUCAGCCGAGUUCAAAGUGGUGAAGGCCCAGAUACAAGAGCAAAAACUUCUCCAAAGAUUGCUGGAUGACCGCAAAUCGACUGUGGAGGUAAUCAAACGUGAAGGAGAAAAAAUUGCUGCAACAGCAGAACCUGCAGACAAAGCAAAGAUUCUGAAGCAGCUGAGUCUCUUGGACAGUAGAUGGGAGGCAUUGCUUAAUAAAGCUGAAACACGGAAUCGUCAGUUGGAAGGUAUCUCAGUGGUAGCACAGCAAUUUCAUGAAACCCUAGAACCAUUGAAUGAGUGGCUUACAACCAUAGAAAAGAAGCUGGCGAACUGUGAGCCCAUAGGAACCCAAGCGUCUAAACUUGAGGAACAAAUUGCACAGCACAAAGCCUUAGAAGAUGACAUCAUCAAUCACAAUAAACAUUUACACCAGGCUGUUAGCAUUGGCCAAUCCUUAAAGGUUUUGAGCUCCAGGGAGGAUAAAGAUAUGGUGCAAAGUAAACUAGACUCCUCUCAAGUGUGGUACAUUGAGAUUCAAGAGAAAAGUCACAGCAGGUCUGAGCUCCUCCAGCAGGCCUUAUGUAAUGCUAAGAUUUUUGGGGAAGAUGAAGUUGAGCUGAUGAAUUGGCUGAAUGAAGUGCAUGACAAACUGAGCAAGCUCUCAGUCCAGGAUUACAGCCCUGAGGGGUUAUGGAAGCAGCAGUCUGAACUUCGGGUUCUGCAAGAGGACAUCCUACUCAGAAAACAAAAUGUAGAUCAGGCAUUACUAAAUGGUUUAGAACUACUGAAACAAACAACAGGUGAUGAAGUUUUAAUCAUUCAAGAUAAAUUGGAAGCCAUUAAAGCAAGGUACAAAGACAUUACUAAAUUAAGCACGGAUGUAGCCAAGACCUUGGAGCAGGCACUGCAGCUUGCCAGGCGCCUGCACUCCACACGUGAAGAGCUCUGCACCUGGCUGGACAAAGUGGAGGUGGAAUUACUUUCAUACGAAACUCAGGUUCUGACGGGAGAAGCAGCAAGCCAAGCCCAAGCGAGACAAAAAGAACUGAAAAAGGAAGCUAAGGACAGCAAAGCCUUAUUGGACUCCCUUAACGAAGUGAGCAGUGCUUUACUGGAGUUGGUACCCUGGAGGGCGAGGGAAGGACUGGAAAAAAUGGUGGCCGAGGACAAUGACCGCUACCGAUUAGUGAGCGACACCAUCACUCAAAAGGUGGAGGAGAUUGAUGCGGCCAUUCUGAGAUCACAGCAGUUUGACCAAGCAGCUGAUGCUGAAUUAUCCUGGAUUACUGAAACCGAAAAGAAAUUGAUGUCUCUGGGUGACAUCAGGCUUGAGCAAGACCAGACCUCUGCUCAGCUGCAGCUUCAAAAGAAAUUCACCAUGGAGAUUUUGAGACACAAGGAUAUUAUUGAUGAGCUUGUGAAAUCUGGACAUAAAAUCAUGACCACAUGCAGUGAAGAGGAAAAGCAAUCAAUGAAGAAAAAACUGGACAAGGUGUUGAAGAACUAUGAUGCCAUCUGCCAGGUAAACUCAGAGAGGUAUCUACAGCUAGAACGAGCACAGUCCCUGGUUAACCAGUUCUGGGAAACAUAUGAAGAACUUUGGCCAUGGCUGACAGAAACACAAAGAAUCAUCUCUCAGCUUCCUGCUCCAGCCCUCGAAUAUGAAACUCUAAGACAACAGCAGGAAGAGCACCGGCAACUGCGAGAGUUGAUAGCCGAACACAAGCCUCAUAUAGAUAAGAUGAACAAAACUGGGCCACAGUUACUGGAAUUGAGCCCAGGGGAAGGCUUUUCUAUCCAAGAGAAGUACGUGGCAGCUGACACCCUUUACAGUCAAAUUAAAGAAGAUGUCAAAAAGCGAGCCGUGGCAUUGGAUGAAGCUAUUUCUCAAUCUACUCAGUUCCACGACAAGAUAGACCAGAUCCUUGAGAGCCUGGAACGCAUCGUGGAGCGUUUGAGGCAGCCGCCUUCGAUCUCAGCUGAGGUAGAGAAGAUUAAGGAGCAGAUCAGUGAGAAUAAGAAUGUGUCAGUAGACAUGGAGAAGCUACAACCAUUAUAUGAAACACUUAAAAAGCGGGGAGAGGAAAUGAUUGCGAGAUCUGAGGGCACUGACAAAGACAUAUCUGCCAAAGCUGUUCAGGAUAAGCUUGACCAAAUGGUUUUCAUUUGGGAGAACAUACACACACUUGUGGAAGAAAGGGAAGCCAAACUACUGGAUGUAAUGGAAUUAGCAGAGAAGUUCUGGUGUGAUCACAUGUCAUUGGUCGUAACCACUAAAGACACACAAGAUUUCAUCCGGGAUCUGGAGGAUCCUGGAAUUGAUCCCUCGGUAGUAAAACAGCAGCAAGAAGCAGCAGAGGCCAUUAAGGAAGAAAUUGAUGGACUACAGGAAGAGCUGGAUAUAGUUGUCAACCUGGGCUCUGAACUCAUUGCUGCAUGUGGGGAACCUGAUAAACCCAUUGUCAAGAAGAGUAUAGAUGAGUUAAAUUCAGCCUGGGAUUCUCUGAAUAAGGCUUGGAAAGACCGGGUGGACAAACUUGAGGAGGCAAUGCAGGCUGCCGUUCAGUACCAGGAUGGACUACAGACAAUAUUUGACUGGGUAGAUAUUGCAGGUGGUAAAUUAGCUUCAAUGUCACCAAUUGGAACAGAUCUUGAAACUGUCAAGCAGCAGAUUGAAGAGCUAAAGCAAUUCAAGUCAGAGGCCUACCAACAACAGAUAGAAAUGGAGAGGCUAAAUCAUCAAGCAGAGCUUUUGCUGAAGAAAGUAACAGAAGAGAGCGACAAACACACUGUUCAAGACCCAUUGAUGGAACUGAAAUUGAUAUGGGAUAGUCUGGAUGAAAGAAUUAUCAACAGACAGCAUAAGCUAGAAGGUGCUCUGUUAGCACUGGGCCAGUUCCAGCAUGCCCUGGAUGAGCUGCUUGCCUGGCUGACACACACUGAGGGCCUGCUGAGUGAACAGAAGCCUGUGGGAGGAGACCCUAAGGCCAUUGAAAUCGAACUCGCCAAGCACCAUGUGCUUCAAAAUGAUGUACUAGCCCAUCAGUCCACAGUGGAAGCCGUUAACAAAGCAGGAAAUGAUCUGAUUGCAUCAAGUGCAGGAGAAGAAGCAAGCAACCUUCAGAACAAGCUAGAGAUUCUAAAUCAACGAUGGCAAAAUGUUUUGGAAAAAACAGAACAAAGGAAGCAGCAGCUGGAUGGUGCCUUGCGCCAGGCCAAAGGGUUCCAUGGUGAGAUUGAGGAUUUGCAGCAGUGGCUGACGGACACGGAGCGUCAUCUGUUAGCCUCCAAACCUCUGGGGGGGUUACCGGAAACAGCCAGGGAGCAGCUUAAUGCCCACCUGGAAAUCUGUGCUGCCUUUGAUGUUAAAGAAGAAACAUACAAAAGUCUGAUGCAGAAAGGCCAGCAGAUGCUUGCAAGAUGCCCCAAAUCUGCAGAGACAAUUGACCAAGACAUAAAUAACUUGAAAGAAAAAUGGGAAUCGGUGGAAACCAAACUCAAUGAAAGGAAAACUAAACUGGAAGAGGCCCUCAACUUGGCAAUGGAGUUCCACAAUUCCCUCCAAGACUUCAUCAACUGGCUAACCCAGGCUGAACAGACCCUAAAUGUAGCUUCUCGGCCAAGUCUUAUCUUGGACACAGUCUUGUUUCAAAUCGAUGAACACAAGGUCUUCGCCAAUGAAGUAAAUUCUCACCGUGAGCAGAUAAUAGAGCUGGACAAAACUGGGACCCACCUGAAGUAUUUCAGUCAGAAACAAGAUGUUGUCCUAAUUAAGAAUCUACUGAUCAGUGUACAAAGUCGGUGGGAAAAAGUGGUUCAGCGUUUAGUAGAAAGAGGGAGAUCUUUGGAUGAUGCAAGGAAAAGAGCCAAGCAGUUCCAUGAAGCUUGGAGUAAACUUAUGGAGUGGCUAGAGGAGUCAGAGAAGUCUUUGGAUUCUGAACUGGAGAUUGCCAAUGAUCCAGACAAGAUAAAAACACAGCUUGCACAGCAUAAGGAGUUUCAGAAAUCACUCGGAGCCAAGCAUUCUGUCUAUGACACCACCAACAGAACGGGACGUUCUCUGAAGGAGAAAACCUCCCUGGCUGAUGACAACCUGAAACUGGAUGACAUGCUGAGUGAACUCAGAGACAAAUGGGAUACCAUCUGUGGAAAAUCUGUGGAAAGACAAAACAAACUGGAGGAAGCCCUGUUAUUUUCUGGACAAUUCACCGAUGCCUUGCAGGCCCUCAUUGAUUGGCUGUAUAGAGUUGAACCCCAGCUGGCAGAAGACCAGCCUGUCCAUGGAGACAUUGAUUUAGUGAUGAAUCUGAUCGAUAAUCACAAGGCUUUCCAGAAAGAACUGGGGAAGAGGACCAGCAGCGUGCAGGCCCUGAAGCGCUCGGCACGAGAGCUCAUAGAGGGCAGCCGAGACGACUCCUCCUGGGUCAAGGUCCAGAUGCAGGAACUAAGCACACGCUGGGAGACUGUGUGUGCACUUUCUAUAUCAAAGCAGACCCGAUUGGAAGCAGCCCUGCGUCAGGCAGAGGAAUUUCACUCGGUGGUGCAUGCCCUCCUGGAGUGGCUGGCCGAGGCGGAGCAAACCCUUCGUUUCCAUGGCGCUCUCCCAGAUGAUGAGGAUGCUCUUCGGACUCUCAUUGAUCAGCAUAAAGAAUUCAUGAAGAAACUGGAAGAAAAAAGAGCCGCACUGAAUAAAGCUACCAGCAUGGGAGAUGCUGUUUUGGCCAUGUGCCAUCCUGACUCCAUCACUACCAUUAAGCACUGGAUAACCAUCAUCCGGGCCAGGUUUGAGGAGGUGUUGGCCUGGGCAAAGCAGCAUCAACAGAGAUUAGCAAGUGCUCUGGCUGGGCUCAUUGCUAAACAGGAAUUGUUGGAAGCUUUGCUGGCUUGGCUGCAAUGGGCUGAAACCACGUUGAGUGAUAAGGACAAGGAAGUCAUCCCCCAGGAAAUCGAAGAGGUGAAAGCCCUCAUUGCAGAGCACCAGACCUUCAUGGAGGAAAUGACCAGAAAACAACCUGAUGUGGAUAAAGUUACCAAGACCUACAAGAGGAGGGCAGCUGAUCCUGCCUCAUUACAGUCCCAUAUUCCAGUCCUGGAUAAGGGACGAGCAGGAAGAAAGCGCUUCCCAGCAUCAAGCUUAUAUCCCUCUGGAUCACAGACACAAAUCGAAACCAAGAAUCCCAGGGUCAACUUGUUGGUGAGCAAAUGGCAGCAAGUUUGGCUCCUCGCACUGGAAAGAAGGAGGAAGCUUAAUGAUGCCUUGGACAGACUGGAAGAGCUGAGGGAGUUUGCUAACUUUGAUUUUGAUAUCUGGCGCAAAAAAUACAUGAGAUGGAUGAAUCAUAAGAAAUCUCGAGUGAUGGACUUCUUCAGGAGAAUUGAUAAAGAUCAGGAUGGGAAAAUAACCCGACAAGAAUUUAUUGAUGGAAUUCUUUCCUCAAAGUUUCCAACCAGCCGCCUGGAGAUGAGCGCAGUUGCAGACAUCUUUGACCGAGACGGCGAUGGAUACAUUGACUACUAUGAGUUUGUAGCGGCCCUUCAUCCGAAUAAAGACGCAUAUAAACCUGUCACUGACGCCGACAAAAUCGAGGAUGAGGUGACAAGACAAGUAGCUAAGUGUAAAUGUGCAAAACGAUUUCAAGUUGAACAGAUCGGAGAUAACAAAUACAGGUUCUUCCUGGGAAAUCAGUUUGGGGACUCCCAGCAGCUGAGGCUCGUUCGAAUCCUACGAAGUACCGUAAUGGUUCGUGUUGGAGGCGGAUGGAUGGCACUUGAUGAGUUCUUGGUGAAAAAUGAUCCUUGCAGGGUUCAUCAUCAUGGGAGUAAAAUGUUACGUUCGGAAUCAAACUCUUCAAUUACUACUACUCAGCCUACUAUAGCCAAAGGAAGGACAAACAUGGAACUUCGGGAGAAGUUCAUUUUAGCAGAUGGUGCCAGUCAGGGUAUGGCAGCCUUCCGGCCCCGGGGCCGAAGAUCGCGGCCUUCGUCAAGAGGAGCUUCACCCAACCGCUCAACGUCUGUGUCCAGUCAGGCUGGCCAGGCAGCCUCUCCACAGGUCCCUGCCACCAGCACACCCAAGAUUCUCCAUCCUUUAACACGCAAUUAUGGUAAACCAUGGUUGACAAACAGCAAAAUGUCAACUCCUUGUAAACCAGCAGAGUGCUCAGACUUUUCCGUGCCGUCUGCAGAGGGAACACCAAUACAAGGAAGCAAGCUUCGACUUCCAGGAUAUUUAUCAGGGAAAGGCUUCCACUCUGGGGACGACAGUGGCUUGAUAACCACCGCAGCCGCCAGAGUCCGAACACAGUUUGCUGAUCCCAAGAAGACUCCUAGCCGACCAGGAAGCCGAGCCGGAAGCAAAGCUGGCAGCAGGGCCAGCAGCCGCCGAGGCAGUGAUGCGUCAGACUUUGACAUUUCGGAAAUCCAGUCUGUGUGCUCAGACGUGGAGACUGUCCCCCAGACACACAGGCCUACGCCCCGAGCAGGUUCUCGGCCAUCCACAGCCAAGCCUUCCAAAAUCCCCACGCCCCAGAGGAAAUCACCUGCCAGCAAAUUGGACAAGUCCUCAAAGAGAUAGUGCAAUUGGUUCCACCGCGGCCCUUCCUUGAGCGUUUAUUAUUUAAGUUUGAAAGAUGUAAAAUAUGAUGUAGAAAUUAUUGUGAAAUAAUUGCAAGGAGUUGAGUUUAAAAUUCUGCAGAUGGCCUUAUUUGUGUAUUUGUCUUCUUAUUUUAUCUGUAUAAUUUCUUGUCAGAUAUUCUGGGGAUUAAAGUCACAUCAUAUGUGAGGGGGAGGAAAGAGUCUAACAUGCACUAACAUUUCCGCACUGUAAGGUGUGGAGCACACACUAGAAUCGGUGACUGUACCUACAGGUAAGUCCUCAUCCUCUCCGACAGCCACAGCACGACAGCCGCAGCUAACGUUAAGGAUACCUCAUGACAUUUUCUUGCUUUUGUAGACACUCUGAGAAGCCAAAAGACACACACCGGGCAUACAUUUUGAGAUCAUUAAAAUGUAAACUAAAAGGGGGAGGGCAGACAGACGAACACAACCACGUACAGUUCUUUAAGCAGUGUCUGACAGAGAACUCACAGGAAGUUACUUUAGGCACUUGCCAGUGCUAUGACAUUCAAGAACCUUACAGCAUUUCUGUGCCAUCGCUUCACAUGAGGCCAGAGGUGUCCCGGAUAUUAGACCUAUUAUACUGUAAGAAUAUAAUUAUAAAGUGCAUUCAUAUAAAUGUGAGGUUUUCUUUUGCUUGAGUGGACAGUAGCACCUGUAUCAUUGAACUCAUUUUGUAUCAAAGCAAUUUUGCUUGCAGAAAGCUAUGAAAUAAAACAUGUCCCUUAACUACAUUGCUAUGGAAUUAAUUUUUUUCCCCAGGGAAAAUCCGUGUAUUUUUUUAUGAGCAAUAUCAAUUUGGAGUGACCAAAAGAUACUUAAAAAUGGGUUUAUUUUGAUUUCUCAUCUGAAAUAAUCAUGUUCUGGUAUUAUAUCUAUAUUUAAUAAAUAUAUACAUUUUAAUUUAUUAUGUAUACUCACAUACUAUAGAAAGAUAUUAGUAUGCAUUUAAUAAAACCUAUUCACUUGAA